UUGGCCUUCGUUCGCUCGUCGUGCGCGGUGGUCGGGCCACUCCAUGCUACGCGUCAAUGGCCUGAAGAACUUACGCCCACCUCGAAUAGCGGGCGUCCGAUGGCGCUCGAAUGGCCCGAAGAAAAACAAGGAGCCCGCGAAACAGCCAGCAGAAUCUCCCCGGAAGCCCACUCUGCUCGAGCGGAUCGCCGAGAGCGAGCGGAAGCGCGUAGCGAAGUACGAGAUCAGCGACAAGUGGAACUACAACCGCGUCUCCUUCGACGAUGCGGUACCCGAGGAGCACUUGAAGUACCCGACGGUCACCGCGACCGAGCUUGUGCAGGAGAAGGUUCCCCCACGAAAGGUCAAGAUGCUCGUGCGGGACUUCAUCGAAGACUCGCUGUACAACCCAAACUACGGUUACUUCCCGAACCAGGCUGCUAUUCUGGACACGCGCAACCAGCCGUUCGAGUUCAACAAGAUGCGGAACCUGGCCGAGUUCCAGGAGAGGAUCGCGGAGAAGUACCUGGAGUACGGCGAGGAGAAGCCUGGGACGCUCGGGAGGCAGCUGUGGCAUACGCCAACAGAGCUGUUUAGGCCAUGGUAUGGUCAAGCGCUCGCCCGAUGUCUGUCCGCAGAAUACCUCCUCAAAUACUUCCCCUACGACGACUUCAACAUCUACGAAAUAGGCGCAGGCAAUGGCACCCUCGCGAAGGACAUCCUCGACUACCUGCGCGACGUAUACCCCGCCGUAUACGAACGGACGCGGUACAACAUCAUCGAGAUCAGCGGCAACCUCGCCGAGCUGCAGAAACGCCGGCUGCGCGACCACGACUGCGUGCACGUCCACAACAAGAGCGUCUUCCACUGGAACACGCACGACCCCGCGCCCUGCUUCUUCAUCGCAACCGAGGUCGUCGACAACUUUGCCCACGACGCGAUCCGCUGGGACCUGCAGACGCUCAAGCCUCACCAGGAGAUGGUCGUCAUCGACCACGAGGGCGAGUUCGAUAGCCUCUACACGCCCGUCACGGACCCGCUCAUCAAGGACUACCUCCGCCUGCGCGAGUACCUCAACCACCCGCCGCCCGUGAACCGCCUCCUGCGCGCGUCCGAGACCCUCCGCCGCGCGUUCGUCAACCUCCCCCUCGCGCCGAACAUGUCCCAGGUCGAGUACAUCCCCACGCGCCUCCUCUCCCUCAUCCGCACCCUGCGCAACUACUUCCCCCGCCACCGCCUCCUGCUCACCGACUUCUCCGAGCUGCCCGACGCGAUCCCGGGCAUCAACGCGCCCGUCGUGCAGAUGCGCUGGGAGAACUCGAGCAUCACGACAUCGACGCUGCUCGUCAAGCACGGCUACUUUGACAUCUUCUUCCCCACGAACUUCGACGUGCUGCGCGAUAUGUACGAGUACACGCUCUCGCAGCCGCCCGCGCUCCAGGUGUUCACACACGCAGAGUUCCUCGAGACCUACGCCGACCUCUCCAAGACGCGCAUGCGCAACGGCGAGAACGCCAUGCUCGAGUUCUACGGGAAUGUCAAGUUCUUGUUCUAG